AUGGUUGAGUUCAUUGCAGUUAUUGCUGCGUUAGUCGCAGCCCUCAUACAACCCUCUUCAGCUGGCCCUCUACUGCCUAGAUCUGGACAGCUGGGAACUCUAGAAAAUGCGACAUUUGAUUAUGUAGUGAUCGGCGGCGGGACGGCAGGAUUGACAAUCGCUGCCCGUCUUGCAAAAUUCGCAUCGGUGGCUGUGAUCGAGGCCGGCGGCUACUAUGAAGUAGACUAUGGAAAUGCUAGUGUUGUUCCUUUGCUGUCGUUGACUGGUCUUGAUGUUAUUGACCCAUCCACGAGUUUUCCACAUCGGCCUGAGAUAGAUUGGGAGUUGGUGACAAUUCCUCAAACCAAUGCCGCGAAUCGGGUGCUCCAUUAUGCACAAGGCAAAACUCUAGGCGGCUCCUCCGCAAUCAAUACCAUGUCCUAUAUUCGUUCCACGAAGAGCGCAUACCAGCGCUGGGCAGAUCUAGUUGGGGACGGUAGCUACACGUUCUCCAACCUACUUCCGUAUUUCAAGAAAUCUGUUCAUUUGACACCACCAAAUCUUGCGAAGCGCAACGCAGCCAACGCAACACCCGAGUACGAUCCAGAUUCAUUCGGUAUUGGUAGUCCAUUGGAAGUUUCCUGGAACAACUGGGUCGAUCCAACGCUCACGUGGCUUGCGAAAUGCCUACAAGCCGUCGGACUUACUAUCAACCCAAAGGGAUUUAGCAGCGGCGAAUUGAAUGGAGGUUCAUGGCUGCCGUCCACGAUUGAUCCAACUCACGCUACAAGAGACUCAUCUCAAACUAGCUUCUUGGACGAAGCUAUGCCGGGUACGCAAAUCAAGGUAUACUCCCAUAGCAUGGCUACCAAGAUCCUCUUCGAUGGCAGCAAGGCGAAGGGUGUUAGCGUGUCUACCAACGGGACCUUGUAUACCUUAUCGGUUAACAAGGAAGUCAUUGUGUCCGGAGGAGUAUUCCACUCCCCACAGAUUUUGAUGGUCUCAGGUGUUGGCCCAAAGGCGGUUCUGCAAGCUCAAAAUAUCCCAGUUGUCGCAGAUCUCCCAGGCGUGGGGCAAAAUCUGCAAGAUCCAAUCUCUAUUAAUGUCGCCAACUUCGUUAAUACCCCCAAUGCUCAGUCCAUCGUAGCGAACCUGGCUACCGAGCCCGAAGCCCUCCGCCAGUAUCGUGAAGAGGCCGCUGGUCCAUACAGCUCUGCGGCGGGAUACAUCUCCUACGAACGACUCCCGACGGAGCUUCGAGCGACUCUUUCUAAUGCUACUCAAGCCGCGUUAGCUGCCUACCCUUCUGAUUGGCCCGAGCUGCAAUAUAUUGUCGGUACUUUCCUUUCGUCAAAUGGGAGCUCAAUGGGCGCAAUUAGCGCAACCAUCACCACCACCUUCUCCCGCGGAAGUGUAACGAUAGCCAGCGCUAGCAUUACAGACGCUCCUGUGAUCAAUCUUGGGUGGUUCAGCAAUUCAGCUGAUGGCGAAGUUCUCAUUGCAGGAGUGAAGCGAGUGCGUCAAGCAUGGUCAUCGGAACCUGCGCAGUCAAUCCGUUUAGGUCCUGAAUUCAUUCCAGGAGUUGACGUCGACACUGAUGCCAAGAUUUUAGAUUUCUUGAAGAACAAUGUGAAUAUGAUUUGGCAUGCGAGCUCAACUUGUGCGAUGGGAAAGAUAGGAGAUAAGAUGGCAGUGGUGGAUUCGAAAGCAAAAGUAUUCGGCGUACAAGGGCUACGAGUGGUGGAUAUUUCGAUAUUUCCUUUUUCUCCACCGGGUCAUCCUCAAGCUUCGGUUUUCAUGAUAGCUGAGAAGAUAGCAGAUGACAUCGAGAACGGAAGAUGAGGUGCUUUUCCCUCGCGACGACUCACAAUUGAGGGUUUCGAGGAUCUGCGGCAUACAAUUCACCCGGAUGACAAGCUUCCCUAAUUGUUCCUUGACACAGAACAAGCCUCAAACUAAGCAC